AUGCAGCAGUGGCAAAGAGUCAAAGGUGUGAAAUGGCCCAGCAAGGUUGUUUCUCAUAUUUGUGGCUUUGCCAGAGCUAGGUCAUGGGCUCCCUUUGGGUCUGACAUUCCUUGGCACAGCUGUGGUAAAGAAAUUGACAGUGUCUUGCCCUGUCACCAACAAUUGCAUGUUUGGCCAGCACUGCAAGUAUUUAAAAGGAUGCACAAGGCCAUUCGCCAGGUCCCUGCUGAAGCAGAUCGGCGGUAUUUAAAGGACUGGGCCAGGGAGGAGUUCAGGAGGAACAAGGACGCGACCGAGGAGGAUGCAGUCAGGAUGAUGAUUACUCAAGGCAACAUGCAACUUCAGGAACUUGAAAGAACACUUAAGCUGGCAAAAUCCUGA